AUGUCAUCCAAAUCCGCGAUCAAGCAAAACGAGCGAAUGGUGUCGAGUGUUGUUGCACGCAAAUCGGCCACAACUGAUGCCGAGGAUGAUAUAUUCAUGGAUAAAGAAGAAUUGUUAAAGGAAAAUGAUUUUCAUGCCUACAACAUUGAAGUGUUGAAACAAGAACGUAACGAGAUAUUGGAAAUAUUUUCCGAACAGAAAAAAAGUUUGCCCUCAGUAAACGUGAUCCGUUUAAUUUUGCUUGUUUGUUUCUAUAUUGUAGCACUGUGGGAACAGUUAGAGCAAGAACAGAAAACACUGGACAAGUGUCGCGAAGAGCUGUUCCAAAUGCGUGAACUAAAGGUAAAUCAUGUGAUCGUUUGUUUCCUGUGUAUCGAACCGGAAUCAAUUUGUUUUUUUUUUGCAUGCUUUAGAAUUCUGUUUUUUAUCCGCAGCUCUUUGAUGCAGUUCGUCUAA